ACUUGCGAUUGGCUGCUGGGCCGGGCUCCGGAGGCUGCAGCUAGCAUGGCCUCUCCUGGGGGCCCCGCGCCCUUGCCGGCGUUGCCGGAGCGGAACUUCGAGUACUGCGAGGUCCAGUACUGGGACCUGCGCUACCAAGGCGCCGCCGAUUCCGCCCCCUACGAGUGGUUCGGGAACUUCUCCUCCUUCCGUGCCCUCCUGGAGCCGGAGCUGCGGCCCGAGGACCGUAUCCUGGUGCUAGGUUGUGGGAACAGUGCCUUGAGCUACGAGCUGUUCCUUGGAGGCUUUCCCGACGUGACCAGUGUGGAUUACUCAUCAGUAGUGGUGGCCGCCAUGGAGGCUCGCUAUGCCCACGUCCCCAGGCUGCGCUGGGAGACCAUGGAUGUGCGGGCACUGGGCUUCCCUGAUGGCUCCUUUGACGUGGUACUCGAGAAGGGUACCCUGGAUGCCCUGCUGGCUGGGGAGCGGGACCCCUGGACCGUGUCUUCUGAAGGUGUCUACACCGUGGACCAGGUGCUGAGUGAGGUGGGACUCCGGAAGGGGACAGCACAACUCCUAGGCGCACACACGCAGCUGGAGUUGGCCUUGGUGGGCGUCUCUCUACUGCUGGUGGCUCUUCUCCUGGGCUGCCUGGUGGCCCUGGGGGUCCAGUAUCACAGAGCCACAGGCCCAUCCCGCGGCACGUGUCUCACAGAAGCCUGCAUUCGAGUCGCUGGGAAAAUCCUGGAGUCCCUGGACCGAGGCGUGAGUCCCUGUGAGGACUUUUAUCAGUUCUCCUGCGGAGGCUGGAUUCGGAGGAACCCCCUGCCUGACGGGCGCUCUCGCUGGAACACUUUCAACAGCCUGUGGGACCAAAACCAGGCCAUACUGAAGCACCUGCUCGAGAACACCACUUUCAACUCCAGCAGUGAAGCGGAGCGGAAGACACAGCGCUUCUACCUGUCCUGCCUGCAGGUGGAGCGCAUCGAGGAGCUGGGCGCCCAGCCCCUGCGGGACCUCAUUGACAAGAUUGGCGGUUGGAACAUUACGGGUCCCUGGGACCGGGACAGUUUCAUGGAGGUGCUGAAGGCAGUGGCCGGGACCUACAGGGCCACUCCCUUCUUUGCUGUCUACAUCAGUGCCGACUCAAAGAGUUCCAACAGCAAUGUCAUCCAGGUGGACCAGUCUGGGCUCUUCCUGCCCUCUCGAGAUUACUACUUAAACACAACUGCGAAUGAGAAAGUGCUCACUGCCUACCUAGACUACAUGGAAGAGCUGGGGCUGCUGCUUGGUGGAUGCCUGGCCUCCACCCGGGAGCAAAUGCGGCAGGUGCUGGAGCUAGAGACGCAGCUGGCCAACAUCACGGUGCCCCAGGACCAACGACGUGACGAGGAGAAGAUCUACCACAAGAUGAGCAUCUCAGAGCUGCAGGCUCUGGCACCAGCGGUGAACUGGCUGGAGUUCCUGUCUUUCUUGCUGUCGCCCUUGGAGUUGAGUGACUCUGAGCCGGUGGUGGUGUAUGGCAUGGAUUAUUUGCAGCAGGUAUCAGACCUCAUCAACAGCACAGAACCAAGUGUCCUGAACAAUUACCUGAUCUGGAACCUGGUGCAGAAGACAGCUGCGAGCCUGGACCGGCGCUUUGAGUCCGCGCAGGAGAAGCUGCUGGAGACCCUCUACGGCACCAAGAAGUCCUGCACGCCGCGGUGGCAGACCUGUAUCUCCAACACGGAUGACGCCCUGGGCUUUGCUCUUGGGUCCCUCUUUGUGAAAGCCACAUUUGACCGACAAAGCAAGGAAAUUGCGGAGGGGAUGAUCAGCGAAAUCCGCUCUGCUUUUGAAGAGGCCCUGGACCAGCUGGUUUGGAUGGAUGAGAAGACCCGGCAGGCAGCCAAGGAGAAAGCAGAUGCCAUCUACGACAUGAUUGGCUUCCCAGACUUCAUCCUGGAGCCCAAGGAGCUGGAUGAUGUUUAUGACGGGUAUGAAGUCUCCGAAGAGUCUUUCUUCCAGAACAUGUUGAAUCUGUACAACUUCUCCGCUAAGGUGAUGGCUGACCAACUCCGCAAGCCUCCCAGCCGAGACCAGUGGAGCAUGACGCCCCAGACGGUGAACGCCUACUACCUUCCAACCAAGAAUGAAAUUGUUUUCCCUGCCGGCAUCCUGCAGGCCCCCUUCUAUUCCUGCAACCAUCCCAAGGCCCUAAACUUUGGUGGCAUUGGUGUGGUCAUGGGCCACGAGUUGACACAUGCCUUUGACGACCAAGGUGAGUUCUCCUCAGGGCGCGAGUAUGACAAGGAAGGGAACUUAAGGCCCUGGUGGCAGAAUGAGUCGCUGGCAGCCUUCCGGAACCACACGGCCUGCAUGGAGGAGCAGUACAGCCAGUACCAGGUCAACGGGGAGAGGCUCAACGGCCGCCAGACCCUGGGGGAGAACAUUGCAGAUAAUGGGGGGCUGAAGGCUGCCUACAACGCGUACAAAGCGUGGCUGAGGAAGCACGGGGAGGAGCAGCAGCUGCCAGCUGUGGGGCUCACCAACCACCAGCUCUUCUUCGUGGGAUUCGCCCAGGUGUGGUGCUCAGUCCGCACACCAGAGAGCUCGCACGAGGGGCUGGUGACCGACCCCCACAGCCCUGCCCGCUUCCGCGUGCUGGGCACUCUCUCCAACUCCCGCGACUUCCUGCGCCACUUCGGCUGCCCUGUCGGCUCCCCCAUGAACUCCGGGCAGCUGUGUGAGGUGUGGUAGACUGCAGGGGUGCAGGGGGAUGGCCGGCUGUCGCCAGGGCCUGGGGGGCCUGGGUUAGGAGGAAGCAAACGUGAGCUGGGCUGGGUCCGGUCCCUCCCACCCCCCGCCACAUUGUGCCUCUGCUUUGGGGGUGCCCCUGCCUCCAGCAGAGCCCCCACCGUUCACUGUGACAUCCCUCUGUGUCAGCCAGCCUGGGGGAGGUCUGAGCGGGGGCCAGUCCCACAGGAAGGAGUCUGCCUCUUUUGGCCCCAACUCAGUGAGCUUGGGGCCUUGGGGCCCACCAUGCCCACCCUGCUCUGAGCGUGCGGGGCUGAUUCCGGCCUCCCUGGCCCCUCUGACUCGCCCAGUGCCCACGUAGGCGCAGGCUCGGCUCCCAUCAGCCCCGUGCACCUUUUGCUGCCACCAUGCACUGCUGCUGACCCUCACGGACAGACCCCUGUGUGGCUGUCAGUGGACGCCAGAGCUUCCCUGCUGGCCCCUGGGCUGAGAGCGGAAGCGGGUGUGUGUAGGGAUGUUGGUUCCUCUUUCAGGGCAUCAGUCUCAGGGGUGAAUGAUUCUCCCUAGACCAAGCAGACAGAGCAGGGAGAGGGAAGGACAGAGUUUAUUUUUACAGGGAAGAGGGUGGGGAGUGUGUGGUGUUGGCCUUGUGGGACCGUAUGCCAAUAAAUAGACCCGCGUCAGUCAGCCUGCCUCGUCCUUCAGUUCUGUCUCUGUUGUUCGUUUUCCUCGUCCACUCAUAUUUACUGAGUAACCACUGCGCCCGGCAUUCUUCUGGACCCUCAUCUACUCACUCACCAGAGACAGGGGCCUGAGGUUCGAAGCCCUGAGAAGACAGAGAAAGAGGGGCGAUGCGGAAGAGGAAGGAGUCUGGGCGGCGCCCGGGUCAGGGCAGCUAGGAAGAUGGGGGAGCCCCGAGAGCUGGAGGCCCGGCCCUGACUGGCGGCUGAGCAGGCAGGCGGUUCCUCGUGACCUCAAAGGCUCAGAGCUCCCGGGAGCCAGGCAUCCCACCCACCGUCGAGGCCUUCCAGGGGCCGCACGCAGUCAGUAAACACGGAGGGGAAGGCAGCAGCAUCUUCCCGGGACCUCGCGUUCCAGGCACUGUGCUAGGUGGCUCAUUUCCUCGCUCAUUCACCCGUUUAUUAACUCACACAUUCAUAGAUCGACUUUUUAGAAUAGACGUUGGGCACCAACAACGUGUCAGGCACUGGGUAUACAAAGGUGAAUGAGACGGUUCUGCCCUUCGGUGACUGUUCUCCUGUUUCAUUUUUUAUCUUCACGAGCUCACCUGGAAGACUGCAUUAAAGUCAGGUGUGGAACUCAGACCCUCUUAAUCACUACUGGUCCACCCUCAACGUCAUGAUGACGGAAGAGACUGUAGCACAGACGUGUUUUCUGGGCAGGUUCACCAUGUUUCUGAGUGGGGCCGUCGCAGCAGUGAGUGCAUUUCCGUGCUCCUCUGGGCCAGGCACUGGCGACAGCCAGGCAGCUGCAGGAAGCCUAGACAACACUGGCCUGAAGCGAAGCCAGGCGGCAUCUGUUUGCCAAGUACUCAGCGUGUGCUUGGUUCCAGAGGCCAGGAGAGGUGAGCAUCCGGUGACCGGCGUGACCUGUGUCCUCGUAGCCCUAUCGGGCUGUGCUGUGCAUCUGUGCUGUGUUGUGUGGAAGAAGCAGGGGAAAGAAAGGACUGUGCUUCUGGAUAGACACACAGCAGCAAUCACUGCUAACGUGCUGGGCCAUCCCCCGUGCCGUCCCGCUGGGAAGUCUAAUUCCUGUCCUCAAGAAGACACACACCCACACCUAUCCACCCACAGCCCAAAAAAGAAGAAACCUUGGGAGUUAAGGCCACGGAAAGGCCAUGGAAGGCUGAAAAUCUGCGGGUCAACUCUUGAAUCUAGGGCACGUGACCGGAUAGGACCUGGACUCACACCCCCUUCAUGUAGUCCUGACAUAAAGCCUUUUAGUUCCACCUCUUCUACAUCAUAACGGGAAAAAACCCCAAAGAGCAAGGGCAAGACUGAAGUUGCCAUAGUCUGUCUUUAGCUCCAGAAUUUGGCCCUGGACACAGCACUUACUUUAGCGACUUCUACGCCACCAGGCUCCUAAAAGGAAUUAAGCCGAGAGAGGAGACGCACUCCUGUAAUCCCAGCACU